AUGAUACAUAACCUCUCCUCUCGAACAUUUAGGAGUUUAUUAAAAGAGAAAACACAAUUCUAUAAGCUAUAUCGUCAUAUAAGUGCUUACAAAGUGUUAUUCUUUGGAUCAGACGGCAUCGCUCUCAGUAGUUUGAAGAAAAUUAACGAAUUCAGGAAGACUAAGAAGUUAAUAGAGCGGUUAGAUUUGGUCACAGCAAAUAAUGCAAAGCACAAAACAACAAUUGAGAAGUAUGCGGAAUCACAGAACAUUAGGACCAUACAAUGGCCUCUACAGAACUUGAUGGAUGCAGAAUAUGAUAUUGGUUUCAUAGUAGCAUUUGGACACCUUAUAAAAGAUGAUGUUUUAAACAAAUUUCCAUUGGGUAUGGUGAACGUCCACCCAAGCCUAUUGCCACGAUGGCGUGGAGCAGCUCCCAUAAUUCACACUCUAUUGCAUGGAGACCAAGUCACUGGAGUCACUCUCAUGAAGAUCAAAGCUAAUGUUUUUGAUGUUGGUGAAAUAAUAAGUCAACAAAAAGUGUCAGUCCCUACAGACAUCAAGUUACCUGAACUGACUGUACACUUAUCAGAAAUAGGUGCUAAUAUGCUAGUGGACUGUAUAAGGAAUUUGCCUAGGAGUCUAGAAAAUGCACAACCACAAGGCGAUGAGGGAGUUACAUAUGCAAAGAAAAUUACCAAACACAUCAGUGAAGUAAGAUGGUCAGAAAUGAACGCCAUUCAAGUGUACAACCUUUACAGAGCAAUUUAUGGCUUAUACCCACUUAGGACCAAAUUCAGAGAUAAACAAAUGAAGCUUUUCGAUGCAUUUCUAGAAAACGAAGAAGUAGCGCGUGACUUGUCACCAGGAACCUUAGAAUAUAAUGAAAACACAAAAGCCAUAAGAAUAGUUUGUAAAGAUAGAAGAUAUAUUUAUUUCAAAGCUGUUAGAGUAGUAGGUAAAAGAAAAAUUUCAGCUUUAGACUUCUACAAUGGUUACAUUAAGAAUGUUCCUGUAGAAAAAAGACAAUGUAUGGUUUGCUAGAUGCCAAUAAAGU